AUGUGUAUCUUUCACCAGCAGAGUGCGCGCCUCUGGCUGAGGCUGCCAUUUCAAACCAUGCUUGUGGGAUGGGGAAGUGGGCGAGAGAUGAUGGACCUGCCACUGAAGCUCCUGUGGGUCAGGACGGGCCAGAGCCUUCAGCCAGGUCUGGGCAGCCCUCCUCGAGUCUGUUCCCUUUCUGUGCCUCUGAGCGUGUUGCCCGACUCUGCCCGCAGCACCUCGGAGGCGGCUGCCCUGGAGCGCGAGCUGCUGGAUGAGUAUCGCUUCGGGCGGCAGCAGCUGGUGGAACUGUGCGGGCACGCCAGUGCGGUGGCUGUGACGAAGGCGUUCCCCUUGCCCUCACUGUCGCGCAAGCAGAGGACGGUGCUGGUCGUCUGUGGUCCGGAACAGAACGGCGCUGUGGGGCUGGCAUGUGCCCGGCACCUUCGGGUGUUCGAGUACCAGCCCAGCAUCUUCUGCCCGGUGCGUUCAGCCGAGGCGCUGCACCGCGACCUGACCACGCAGUGCGAGAAGAUGGACAUCCCCUUCCUGUCUUUCCUGCCCGCCGAGGUGCGGCUCAUCGAUGACGCAUACGGGCUGGUGGUGGAUGCAGUGCUAGGCCCCGGAGUGCGGCCGGCGGAGGCGGGCGGGCCCUGCGCGCGGGCGCUGGCCACGCUGAAGCGGCUUUCCAUCCCGCUCGUGAGCCUGGACGUCCCCUCAGGCUGGGACGCCGAGGCUGGCGGCGACGCGAAGGACGCGGUGCAGCCCGACGUGCUAGUGUCUUUCGCAGCGCCCAAGAGCUGCGCCGGCCGCUUCUCCGGGCGCCACCACUUUGUGGCCGGCAGGUUCGUGCCUGAGGACGUGCGCCGCAAGUUUGGCCUGCGCCUGCCAAAAUAUACCGGCACCGACUGCGUGGCCGCGCUGUAACUGGCGCGCGCUGGGACCCGCACCAAUAAACAUCACCACCACCUUU